CUUAACCGUUUGAGAGAAACGAUCAAUGGCUUCUACUCAAAGUUCAUACGCGGGUUUAGGUGAAGGGAAAUCCACCACAAGGCCUCCGUUGUUUGACGGAACGAACUACACCUAUUGGAAGGAGCGGAUGAGAAUUUACAUCCAAUCCACCAAUUUUCUCCUUUGGAGAAUUAUCAAGAAUGGUGAAGACGUGCCAAUGAAGAAGGUCGGGGAAACCAACGUUCCUAAGACCGAGAACGAGUAUGAUGCACAAGACAUCAAGAAAGUGGAAAACAAUGCCAAGGCCAUCAAUAUCAUCUAUUGUGCCGUAAACCCGGAUGACUACCGGAAGAGAUCUUGUUGCACCACCGCAAAGGAAAUGUGGGAUAAACUAGAAAUCACCUACGAAGGUACGGAUCAAGUCCGAGAAGCUAAAAUUGAUUUUCUAACCCAUGAAUAUGAAUUGUUUCGUAUGAAGGAGAAUGAGAAAAUCGAUAAGAUGUUUGAACGAUUCUCCAAAAUCGUCAACGAUCUCCAUGCUCUCAAGAAGACGUACACGGACAAGGAGCUUGUGAGAAAAAUCCUGCGAAGUCUCACACCGGAGUGGCGGUCCAAAGCCGAUGCCAUCCAAGAGUCCAUUGGUGUCACCAACGUCACCAUUGACGGGCUUAGAG